UCCUGGAGCAGAUGAGCGCAGAAUAUUUAGGCGAAAGCGCGAGGAGGGGGGAGCGCGGGGCAGGAGGAGUACCUCGGCCGAGAAAAUUAUGCAUGCGUUAGGGAAGCUCUAGGAGAAUGGCUGUGGAAGCUCUCCACUGUGGCUUGAAUCCACGGGGUAUUGAUCAUCCUGCCCGUGCCGAAGGUAUUAAACUACAGAUUGAAGGUGAAGGUGUUGAAUCUCAAUCCAUUAAAAACAAAAAUUUUCAGAAGGUGCUUGACCAAAAAGGAACCCCCAAGCGACUGCCAGCAGAAGCUGAGACUGCUAAGUCGGCUACAGUGAAGCUGUCAAAACCAGUGGCUCUGUGGACUCAGCAGGAUGUCUGCAAGUGGUUGAAGAAACAUUGUCCGAAUCAGUAUCAGAUCUACAGUGAGUCAUUCAAACAGCAUGACAUAACUGGGCGAGCCCUGCUGAGACUCACUGACAAAAAGCUUGAGCGAAUGGGGAUUGCCCAGGAAAACCUCCGGCAGCACAUCUUACAACAGGUGCUCCAGCUGAAGGUGCGAGAAGAAGUCAGAAACCUACAGUUACUCACACAAGCCUCAACCGAGGGUUCUCCAUAAACGUGGUUAGCCUUCCAAGCUGCUGUCCUGCCAGUUGAUAUGAACAUGGCCUGUUCCUCACAGAGAGACUAACUCAUGGCACCUGCCAGAAGAUAUCCAUGGAGCAUUGACAGAUUAACCAGAUUAACUGACAAAAAACACCCAUUCAGUCAAGAUUAUGGGCUUUGGAAAAUCUUAGUUUGCUGUGGAUUUUUAAAUGAGGUGCAUAAUAUACAGUGCCAACUUGUUCCAAGUGGUCAUUGGCAGACCAUUAGCUGGAAAAUUGCUUCCAGUUUUCAUCACUGUGCAUAACUCAAGCUCCCUUUGGGGGCUGUCUGUGCCCUUCACUAGAAGUCCUAUUUUAGCAUGGCAACUACUGGAUUAUUUUAUUAUGUGUGCAGAUGGCAUGAUAUGUUAGAAAAAAAUCACAGCAGUUCUGCAAUGUCAGUGGAAGUGUUCACGAUACUCUGCCCUGGUAGGAAUGUAAACGCGUCUUGGUUAUGUUAAUUAUGACGUCUAAAGGUAUUCUGUCCAACUCUUAAGCACUUUAUAUGAGAAAACUACGCCAAAACGAAUCAGCACGUUCUGUACCUAUGGGAAAACAAGUAUCCUCUCUCUCUUUUUUUUUUUUUUUUUUUUUUUUAUAAAUCUUGUCCUCUUUCUGGCUCAGACUGUCCAAGACAAACUCCACCCCUAGCAUAUGGCAGUCAUUUGUGGUAGAUUGGUGUAUAUAGGGCCACAAUACUGUUAGGCUUAACCUGUUGACACUUUAGUGAACCAAUUGGAUUUCUUGUAGCUCUAGAUGGAAGGAGAAGGGGGCUGGUGGUUGAAACAUCUUAGUUCUUGGUUCCUGGUACCCAGGCACAACUUAGCACAUGCACAUACAGAUAAACACAGGGGGCUUGUAUGUGGCCAGUGUAUAUAUUCUGUCCUAUAGAAGAAUGUUUGCAAGAACAAAAGGAGACGGCCAUUUAAUCAAAGACCAUGGUGGGUUGAGGGUAAGGGUGGCAGAAUGCCGUUUUCCUGUGUGGUCUGACUUUACAACUUGAGAAGACUUUCUAGGUCAAGUUUAAAUCACAGCUCUCUGAAGAGGAAAAACAGCAAGUGUCCCCCUGUGUGCCUAAAGAAGGAAAAGGGCCCAGUCCACACUAGGUUCCUACCUCAGUAGAGAACCUACUAGUCCCUUUUUAAUCCUUUCUGGGAUUAUAUCCACAAUUAAUUCUUUUUUUUUACGAUGUCUUACAACAAAGCACACUAUUGCUUGUCUUUGGGCAUUAGAGAAAUGUCCACAUUGACUGACCUUACGUAAUGCUUUUGCUUUCUUUCCCCUGAAAAUAUAAACUUGGCUGAAUCAAAAAUUCAGCAAAUAUGUUCUGUGUACCCACAAUCCCAAUCUGGGACUGAUAGGCACUGGAGGCUUUUCUUUAAAUAUAUAUAACAACUCUGGGACCCUGCCAGCACAAGGAAGUUUGGCAUCUUAGGGGGUCUCCAUACAUGGUCUGCUCUCCCCCGGGGGCCUCAGGAAAUGCACAGCACUUUGGAAAACGCUCCCCCUCCCCACUGAGAUUUGGAAAGCUGACAGGGGAAGGGAAAGAGAGCCAAAUGUGAUUUGGGUGAGUCACCUCAUAGGAUGACUCACCCCAACCUGUCAGGCUGUAUUGCCAAAGAAGGGGGCUUCCAAGAGGGAACUCAGAGGGAUUUCAGUCACCAACAAGUUCUGGCCUCUCGAUGGGUCAGCCCAGGACCACCAGGCCCUCACAGACCCUAAUUCUUCACAAAUCCAGAAUUACGAGGCCAAACCCUGUUGCCAAUGCCCCUGGGGAGAACAUUCCAAUCUCUACUGCCCACCUCUUGAAUUUCACUUCCAACAGCAGGGCUUCCUUCUUCUUUCCUUUAUCCAGCACACGUUUGUUGAGCACCUACUGUGUGCCAAACAUUGUGUUGGGGUAACAACAGGGUACAAGGCCGGCUCCCCAUGUCCUUCUGAGACAAUAUCUCCUCCUCCCAAACCCUGUCCCUGUCCCAGCUUUUCCACAAUGAAAACAGUAUUCAAGCAGCAUUCACCUCCUGCCAGAGAGACCUCAGAAAAUGCACAUGGCAGCAGGCAGUUCCCUUGCCUGAGGAAGUAGACAGUGGAAGAAGAGGUAGUGGACAGCAUCGGGACACAUAUUUGGAUCCUUGUGCACAGCCUGCCCUUCCAGGGCCCGGACUUUGCUGGUUAGGGCUUCCCCCAAACAGCUUUUAAUUCCUUUCCUUGAUAGUCACCCUGGUCAUCUGUAUUCCCAUCCUUUACGUAGGCACAACCGUUCAUCGUUAUGCUGGAUUCUCUAAAGCUCCAAUUCUAAACUUAGUCUUGGGGACACAGAAGAGGACCUGCUGAAUCCAAAAGAACUACCAGCUGCUGAAAUAGUGUAGCUGGGAAUUUGUUGGUUCACUAAUUGAGGGUCUUUCGGAGUCAACCCUUUAGUUGUUACAGGUAACAACCUUGGAAAACUGGACAUACUUUAUGGUGCAGGUGGUCAUCCAGUGAUGCUUUGUUCAUCCUUGCUUUGGCUUUUGCAAAAUGUGUUCUGAACAAUUAAAUAAGUAGAGUUUCCUAGCUUUUUUUUUUUUUGUCAGUCAGAAGUGUGCUGACAAAUUUUUAAAAGGUGAUGGCUAAGGGUGGAGAUGGGAAAAGGCAAAGCUGAAGUCAAUGAAAGAACCCAGUUGAAAAUGGCUUCUCUAUAAAUGCCUUAAUUCCUGGUGUAUCACAUAUUUGCGUAGUAACUGUGACUGUUUACCAAACCGUCAGCCUCAUUUUGCAGUCUUUGGUGGGGAUAGUUUUGGAAACAUGGAGGCAUAAAAUCUGAGCAGUCACUUGCUAAACCAGCAAAAUGGAGAACCGACUUCAUUCACAGCCUUUAGGUUCUUUGUUCCGUGUUAAGCCACGAUUUCUGGUUGUUACUUCCUCCUGUGCUGUACCUUAUUCCCAAGAUGUAUGUUGGAGAUUUUACCUCCCAGAAGUUCAGGAAUGGCUGUGGGGAGUUUUGUUUAGUAGGCAGCGGGAGACCAGGAGGUAAGGGAUAAAUAUUUUGAUGUCUAAGGGCUAUAAACUGUUGAUGCUUAACUUUUCCUUUUACUUAAACCUGUGCGACACCUUUUAUUGAAAGGCUGACACCCACACUUGAGCAGGAAAGACAUUCUUGGGAAGGAACAGAAAUGAAUAAUUAUCAGACUCUCUGGGGUGCCAAGGGGAUUAGCUUGUACCAGCUUGAGAACUGAAUUUGAGAUGCAGAGCAUCGGUGGUUCUGCUAGGGUGAAAAGCAAAUCACUUCUGUAGUUGAAGACAUACCUAGGGGACAGAGAUCCUGCAAACUUCCCUAUGGAUGAUGGCCACCUGCAGACCCCUGCACGGGCUCUGUGAGCUGUGUCGCUGCACAUGGGGCUUCUACCUCCAGAAUGGGGGAAACAGCCCUGAGUUCUCUCCAAAGUCACUUCUCGGCUGCUCAGAGGUUAACGGUCCUUAGUUCUGAGGGAAUUCUGCCAUUUUUAACACUCAAGGGGAAAAGGAGUAUCAACCUUACUGAAAAUAUAACCUAAGGAUACAAACCUCCAAUGGAUUUACCCCAGUGUUACUUGCAAAUGCUUUCUUUGUCUGCAAAUGUCACCUGAUUGAUUUUGAAUGGGAACUACAAAAGUCUCUCUGAAGAAAAGUUUAGAAGACCCCCUUUACCCAAACCUCCUCUCCCCGGUGCAUUAGCAGCUUUAUUCUUGGUGAUGUUUUCCUCUACAUUCUUUAGAGUAAUUUUGUUGCUUGACAACUAGACUUAAGACUGCCGUAGACUCUUUUUAAAAAUCUAAUCUUUGAAAAUGACAUAAAUUCUUUUAUGCCUUAAAGGCUGUUUUUAUUCACCUCUCCCACAACCCCCUCCACCUCACUUUCUUGCUUUGUUUUUUUUUUUUUUUUUUUAAUCUCUUAACAAAAUUUCUUGGGUAGAUUUUGAGUAUUCUCUAAAGAACACAAACAGAAAACCUUAGCCGUCCCCCUUUUCCCCAGUACUGACUAAUAAUUCCUUCUUAUGCUUGAUCUUGGUGAAGGCUUGCUGCCCAAACAGCAGUGGAUGUGAAUUCACAUCUCCAGGGAGUGACUGGUCAAAGCUGCUAAUCAAAACUGAACCCGUGAGAUUAUGAGCAAGGACAGACCAGGAGAUGCUUCUGCUCGGGGCACAGCUGGGGACUCUAUUUCAAAGACAAACAGGUCCUGCUCCUUUGUUUUUUUAGAUCUGCAUCUAAUCCUGUGGCCAAAGAACUCUCUUAUGAAUUCUGCUUUGUCAAUGUGCACGAUUUCUGGCACCACUGCAUAGCUUCCAGGUCAAACAGGACCACAUUUCCAUUCUUUUGCUCUGGUGACUUACUCUAGUGGGGAGACAAGGAACAUUCUUUUGAAAGCUGACCACCUGUGGGAAGCUUGAGGAAGAGUUGGCCAUGUGCACAGGGAGGUUCCGCUGCACCUUAAUAAAAAGAACAAAAUAGAUCCUCCCCUGGAGAUUCUCAUGUGGGAACGUGGCCAGAGGGAUGAUAUCAAAACUGGUUUUCUUCUGGCCAUUAUCUUGGCCCUGCAGGGAAAAUUCUGGGCUGGAGUGCGGGUGGGAGGGGCACCAUUUCUAAGAUCUAAAAAUUUUAGGAUGAAAUUCACCUCUAAGAUAAAUGUAAAGGAGGAAGUGCCAGUGAGUAUGGGACCAGUUUUAGACCUCUUGCCCAACAGCACCAAGACGGACAGAUGACUUCCACAGAGCCGCAGAAAAUGGGUGUAGAAGGCUUUGUAAGAUGGGAGUUUCAUGCACCAUGUAGGGCUAUUUUACAAUCUUGAAGAGCCCCAAGCACUCUUACUUCAGUCUCCCUUCUCCAGUUACAUCAAACACCAAAAAGCACCAACAACAUGCACCUAAUAAAAUUUCAAAGUCACCAUAUGACUUGCACAGAAUUGCAGUUGACUUUGACUGGUUGACAUAACAUUAAGUGUUGUAGAUACAUUCUUUGUAAUUAUACGAUAUUCUUUUCAUAUUUUGGAGCCAAUGGUUGAGGGGUUUCAUUUAUUUAACGGCUUGUUUUGUUGCUGUUGUUAUUUCCAAACCUCAAACAUUUACGGAAGCCUUAGGCUCUUAAACCCAGGCCUUUUAGCCUCAAGUGCAGAGUGAUAGAAACAGCCCUGCUGAUGUGAAUGAUAAGAAGAAUGUUACAUUAAUCCAGUUGGAGAUACUAAUACGUAAAACAAUGAAGACACUGAAGACGCUGCUGGUUGCUUUCUGCAUUGUUAUAAUCUUUUAAAUUUCAAUAAUUUGGAUCAAAGGAAACAAACAGGGUGUUUACGCAUGGCUUUGCCCUAUGAGCACACACACAGCUAUCAAAUGUGCAAUUCUAAGCUGAGUUGAUAAGAGCACACAGCUCUGUUUUAUGUGACUCUAUUUAAAUACAACCCUCCCCAAAUUCGAUAACAAUGUAUUCAAGAGUUCUCUUAAAAAAAAAUCUGAAACAAGAGAUUCUCAUUAGAUCAUUAUUUCUCCUGCGGUUGGGGGAGUGAUUUUGUGACCUGACUUUGAAGAAAUACUUACGCUUGCCAUUAAAUACAAGUGUCUGGUCGUUGCUCUGCUCCACAAGCUGAUGGUGGCCACCUCCCAUUCCGCAGAGGAAGUUGGCUGGCCUCCCCCUAAAAUAGCACAAGUAUCAUGAAGAUACCUUUUAAAGCUCUGGUUAGUCCCCCUAUUCAUGCAUAAUUCCAAGAAUAUGAUUUGGAUUGAGCAGCGUCCUGGUCUUUGAUUAUGUCACCCCUAAAUCAAUUUGAAUUAUAUAUUCAAUUAUAUAUUAUAUGUAUUAUAAUAUAUAAUAUAUAUAAUUUCCAAGAUUUUUUAUUGACCACCAUCAACUGCAUUUAGUGUGUGUUUGCAUUGAGAUCUGCCAGUUGACUCUGUGGCAGCUUUGAACAGUUCCUGUUUCCCAUACAGCAGAAGACCCUCACACCAGCUGCAGAAGUUUUGGAGUGUGUGACCAGGUUCUUUUUCACAUCAACAGGCCCCUGUUUAUAGGAGGGAAGCUUAAAGAGAAUUGGGGUGAGGGGUGGGGAUGGGGGAUGCAUUCGCAUUUGAACACUAGAACCUUUAUCUUUUCCAUUGUAAUGCAACUCUCAUCUCCAGGCACCACGAAGAGAAGCAUUUGCCUCUCCAGUGCCCACUGGAGGUAGUUGGGCUUUUACUGGCUUAAACUCACAUGUAGGCAAUUUGAAGGCUCUCUGGGGCUCUGAAUGGUUUGUCCACCACUACCUUUCCUCCACCAAUAGAAAAAUGCUAUCCUUACAAGGCCAUGUUUGAGAAGACCAUGGCUUGGCUAGUGAAAGAAGUUCACAUCGCAGAGAGUUGAAUAAUGUUAGGCUCUUGACUGCACCGUAAGUCUCAGUCAUGCUUGGCACAGAAGCAGCUAGUCUGCUGAAAAGCCAAGCCAGCACAAAUAUUUUGAAACUAAUUCCACUAAAACUCUUGUGUCAUUAAACCAUACUACUGUAGUUCCAAUUAAUCCAACUCUUUAAUAUCAUUAGCCACUAAAUUAAAUAGCUGUACCCAAAACUUUAGAAAAGAUCAAUAUUGUAACAAAAUGACAUAUUAGCAGUAAAAAGUACCUGGGAAAAGAAAAUAUUGAUCUAUUGUGGUUUAUAUACUGGAGUUAUUUUUAGGACUUUGUGGAUCUGGCACUGCUCUGAGAAAGGGGAAGAAGAUGUUUUGAAUUCAAGAAUACUUGGAUUCAAGAGAAAUUGCCCAUUUCUCUGGGCUUCUGCUCAUGUGUCCCACCUUAGCAGACAGUGUUGUCUGCAGGCUAAAAUGAGCUAAGGGGAGAAGGUGUCCCAUGCCACUAAUAUAUAUGCAAUUAUCAUAGUGACCUGGGCUUUAAUUGUGAGCCUUUCUCUUUAUGCUUUCUCCUUGUAGCUGGUAUUACUGAGAGUCCAUUCUGGGAUUAGAAAAGAAAAGAAAGAAUGAUAAGAAAGUAACAAUCAGCAUUUUGCAGGCACACACAAGCUUUUUCUAAUAUGUAGGGACCGAUCUGCAGAGCCCAUGGCCAAGUAUCUCCACUUCUCUGCCUCCAGAAGACAGAGUUAACCUAGCCAAGGGAGAGAGCCUCAGCUUUGGCUUAGUGCGGGGGGGAUAUCACCAGUCCCCGGGUCGGAGAAGACUAACGAAAGUGUGAAGUUGACAAAUUAAGGGUCACAGGAAGUAGAGAGCCCUAUUGAACUUCAUUGAUGAGCUACUGUCUACUAGCAUUUGUCCUAGGGAAAAAAGAAGAAAAAUCACACAAUGUAAACUGAACGGACGACUAGUAGGGUCUUCCAUUCCCUCCCCUCAGUAGGGUAUGACGGGGAAAUCUCAUGAAAAAAACUGGUUCACAGUUUUACAAACACUAACAAACAUGGACUAUAAAAAGCACAUUUCAUAACACAAAAGCCUACAUAGAGGGUAGAAAUUUUUAUAGCUUCCUUGAGUGAGCAGUUAAACCAGCAGUCUGAAUUCUCUUAGUCCCCUAAGAGUGGUUAAUUAAAUAAGUAUUUUCCUUAUCCAUUGCCCACAACUGUGGUUUUUUUUUCUUCUCUAUGCACCCUAAAAAAACUCCCAGGACGAGACUUAGGAGGACUCAAGCAAGUUACAUGGUAAAAUCAGAGUGCCUUUUCUGUUGGAUGUUCACUUUGGUUUCCUGCUUUCCCAGGACAUACGAUGUUUAGAAACUUUUUUCUCUAAACAUAAGAAUUAUUGUGCACCACAAUCUUGAACCAACGAUUUCCAUAUCUUACGCAGCUAUCAACUUGCCAAUUCCCUCUGGGUCUCCUUUAUAUUUUCUUAUAGUGUUUCUUUCUGUUUUGGGUUGUCGUCAAAAAGAGUUGGGGGGCAUGAUUCUUUUUAAAUCAAUAGAAAUGGAACUGUACAGAUUUUUGCCCCCUUGUAUCUGUGAGCAUGAUCUCUAUCAGGCCUGAAAAUCUGCUUUAUCAUUUUGUAUAUUUGACUAUUUUGUAUUCAGCAUUACUUGAUUCCUUAUGUGCAUGGCAAUGUAUUAAAAUGUGGGAUUUCUA